AUGUUUGGCACCAAUGUCACUGCUUGCUCGCCCACAGCCAUAUCGACUCCGUCUGUAUUUGGAGCAGAAGUUCUUUCACUCUCCGCAGACUGGGUCCAGAACUAUACACUGAACGUGCCUGCUUCUUUCAACUACAACCACGGAGACGUCGAUGUUCAAAAUGCCGAGUUCUGCAACGUGACAAUCACAUACACUCACCCUGGACACGACGAUCGCAUUACCGUUGAGACUUGGCUCCCUCGCAAGUGGAAUCAGCGAUUGCAAGCCACAGGCGGAGGAGGGUGGUCCGCUGGCCGAUUCGUGUUCUCGGAAUUCUUCAUGUCCGGAGCUAUUGGAGAGGGAUACGCCGCUACUACAACUGAUGCCGGGUUGGGUGAUGCAGGAUCCCCUGAAUCGUGGGCCCAGACAAGCCCGGGUAAUGUCAAUCUCUACAAUCUCCAGAACCUCGGCUAUGUCUCUUUGAAUGAUCAGGCGAUCAUCGGAAAGAGUCUCAUCAAAAGCUUCUACGGGCAAGAUCCUCAGUACUCUUACUGGAGUGGUUGCUCUCAGGGUGGUAGACAAGGCAUGAUGCUGGCACAGCGUUACCCGACUGCGUACGACGGCAUUGCCGCCUCAGCGCCGGCUUUGUCUUGGACGGAGCUCACCCCUUCUGUGUUUUACCCACUUCUGGUCUCUGGAUGGGCUGGUGCAUCUUCCCAACCUUUAGCAUGUGAGCUGGAUUUCAUUUCGAAGAAGGCUGUUUCCAAUUGUGAUCAUCUUGACGGUGUUGUGGAUGGACUUAUCUCCGAUGAUUCAAUGUGUGAUUUCGAUGCGUCCUCGGUGGUCAAUUCGACUUUCUACUGCAGCUCCACCCAAAAGAGGAUGCGCGUCAGCAAGACUGCUGCGCUCGUUGCUAAUGCAGCCUGGGACGGACCUCGGACCGCCGAUGGAGAAUUCCUUUGGCAUGGCUACACCCGGGGCGCGGAUAUCAGCGCAUUCGGCUCUACCCCAGGACAGAAUUCUUCGGGUGCGGAUCUGUGGUUCCGACUGUUUGUGACCAAGAACAAAGCAUUCAACAUUCAGAAUGCAACCCACGAAGAAUACGAUCAACUAUUCCGCCGCGGAGCCCAGGAGUAUUCCGAUCUCAUGACUGCAGACAAUCCUGACCUCUCCGAAUUCAAAAAGGCCGGAGGAAAGCUCAUCUCCUAUCACGGCAUGGCAGACGAAUCGAUUCCAACGAAGAGCACAGAGUACUAUUAUCGCGCCGUGAGCAACAAGAUGCACGAUGUGCAAGACUUCUUCCGCUAUUUCGAGGCACCAGGCUUGGGCCACUGUUCGGGAGGUGUUGGAGGGCAGCCGCUCACAACGUUUGACGCUCUUCGCCACUGGGUGGAAGACGGCAAGGUGCCGGAGACAUUGCCUGUGAACUACAAUACCACGAGUGGUAUCAAAUCAUCGCGCAUCCUAUGUCCAUACCCGGCGAAGGCCGUCCACCAGGGUGGCAGUGUCUUUGAUGCGAAAAGCUUCAAGUGUGUCAGCAAGAAUGCGACAAACACCCACGGAAGCAAGAUCACACACCAGCGGCGUUUUCUGAAAUAA